AUGAACACUGCCAUCACAUCAAAGGUUGCAACUACCCCGGACUCUGAGGAUGAUGGACCCCCUACUGUUCCCCCACCAACCAGUGGGGCCACAUCGGUCAUCGACUUUAAAGAAGAAGUCUUUGGUAUGGCGAAAAUAGCUUUACCAGCGUCCAUGGGUCUUCUAACGCAGUACACUAUAUCAUUGAUCAGCACUCUGUUCUGUGGACAUUUAGGACCUACAGAGCUGGCAGGUGUUGCUCUCGCCAAUGCUAUGAUAAAUGUCACUGGAGUAUCUGUAGGUGUGGGAUUAGCAUCAGCAUGCGAUACUCUGAUAUCACAGACGUUUGGCAGUGGCAACGUGAAGAGGGUGGGGUUCAUUCUGCAGAGGGCCAUUCUGAUCUUGGCUCUGGGUGUUUUCAUAAGCUGGACCUUCCUCAUCAACACUGAGAGCAUACUGUUGGCCUUGCGUCAGGACCCACAAAUUGUGACGGUGUCACAGGAGUAUGUGAAGAUAGUAAUGCUAGCCGUACCAGCCAUGUUUGCUUACAAAGUGGAGACAAGAUAUCUUGAAAAUCAGGAAAUCAUGUGGCCUGUGGUGAUCAGUGGGCUAGUGGCGUCGUCAGUCAGUGCACUUUCUAACUACAUCUUCUUGUUUGUCCUGCAUCUUGGUGUUUCGGGAUCAGCUGGGGCAAAUGUCAUUGCACAGUAUUCCAAUUCUAUUUUCCUGUACUGUUACACUGUUUGUAAAGGUCUUCAUAAGGAUACCUGGUCAGGUUGGUCCAAAGAGUGCUUUCAGGAGUGGGGAGUCUACAUUCGCCUGGCCAUCCCCUUGAUGGUCAUGAUGAGUAUAGAGUGGUGGACCUUUGAAACUAUAGCCAUUCUCGCAGGAUGGAUAAAUGAAACAGAGUUGGGAACCCAGUCCAUCAUCUAUGAGCUAUCAACUGUUGCUUAUAUGCUUCCUUUUGGGUUCAGUAUUGCAGGCAGUGUGAAGGUGGGGAAUGCCCUAGGUGCUGGGCAGACGGAGAGAGCCAAGCGUUGUGCUGUAAUAUCCAUCAUCUGUGCAGCCUCAGUGGGCGUGUGCAUAGCUACUAUCUAUGGGACAUCAAGAAAUGUAAUGGCUUAUAUCUUCACCGAUGAUGAAACGCUAAGGAAAAGCGUUGCACAAGUGAUGAUCAUUUAUGCUCCGCUCCACAUCAUGGAUGCAGCACAGGCGGCAGCGGGCAGUAUCCUGAGAGGCAUGGGGAAGCAGAAGAUGGGGGCGCUCAUCAGUGCCCUGGGCUACUAUGGUCUCGCUUUCCCCAUCGGACUGUCACUUAUGUUUGCUGCAAAGCUUGGUGUACUAGGUUUCUGGAUAGGCAUGUCCGUCUGUGUCGUCGUGCAGGGUUUGCUCUUCAUGACAUACCUCAUCAAAGUGGACUGGAAGAAAGCCACAGAGGAGGCUUUGGAGAGAGCUGGAGUACAGGGCAAUCACACAUUGGCAGAGCCCCUUAUGGAGCUGCAGGAUGUCCCUGGCUCUGCGAAAGAAGAGGCAGAGGGCACAAAUGACAAUGGCAACGCUGGCACUCAUGUCCUGUUUGACGCUGCUAACACCGUAGCUGUCACCACUGUAGGGACACCCCUUACCAACCGGCAGCUGGUGCUACGCCGAGGACUGGCAGUAGGGGUCACCCUCUCCAUCUUCUUGCUGGGAGUCAUUGCUCGUGUUCUGUAUCCCAGAGCUGGCAUGUAAGAGUCAGCUCUGUCAAGCGAAGAAUACAAAGCUUUUGUGGAGGUAAUCCAUGAAUGUGAUCUGUUUUUGGGGGCCUUGGCUUCACUCCAGAAUUGGAGGAUAAUGAACUUUUUGGAUUGUGGACUGGAGACUGAGCUGAGAUGGCAUGUUUUUGUUUUAACUUUAGUGUCAGUUAGUGCCACUGUUUCACACAGUAUUUGCACAUGAUAAGUGCAAAAAUGAAUCUCAGGAUAAUCUGUAUAAAUGAAUG